AUGGCUCCCCAGGCGAACAUGGACCGCUCCUUUGGCGCCCUGACGCCAGCGCUGUCCGAAUGGAUCCUCGAGGCGGUCGAUUCCAUGGGCUUCGUCAAAACCACGCCUGUGCAGCAUGCAGCCAUCCCCAUGUUCAUGAAGAACUCGGAUGUUGUGGUCGAAGCUGUCACGGGAAGCGGAAAGACUCUAGCCUUUCUUAUUCCCAUUGUGGAGCGCCUGCUCCGACUCGAUGCGCCCAUCAAGAAGCAUCACGUGGGUGCCAUCAUCAUAUCGCCAACCAGAGAGCUGGCAACACAGAUUCACACAGUACUGCUAUCUCUGCUCAAAUUCCACGCCCCUUCUGCAGCCCUGUUGGAACCCGAAGAUGAUGACACCGACAUGGACGACGCCGACGCGCCGCCAAAGCCAAAGUUCCCCCCAGGCACCUUGAGAGUCGUCCCUCAGCUGCUCCUUGGCGGCUCAGUGACGCCCGCGCAAGACCUUAGCAGAUUUCUAAAAUCAUCCACCAACAUUCUCAUCGGCACGCCAGGUCGACUUCUCGAGCUCCUCUCCUCACCGCACGUGCAUUGCUCGCAGUCUUCUUUCGACGCUCUUGUUCUCGAUGAAGCCGAUCGCCUGCUCGAUUUGGGUUUCAAAGAUGAUCUGCAGAAGAUCCUAUCUCGUUUACCCAAGCAACGCCGGACUGGCCUUUUCAGUGCGAGUGUAAGCGAGGCAGUCGACCAGCUUAUUCGCGUUGGUCUCCGAAAUCCAGUCCGGAUCGCAGUCAAGGUCAAAGCACGAGCUGCGCCCAAUGCGGCGACAGGCGAGGCCGGGGCCAUCGAGGACAAGAGGACACCUGCAAGUUUGCAGAUGUCGUACCUAGCCAUGCCUGCGUCUCACAAGCUCUCCGCCAUCAAGAAACUACUAGCGUCUUUACAGCCACAGCCCCAGAAGUCAAUCACGUACUUGGCGACAUGUUAUUCCGUCGACUACUUUCAACACGUUUUGCCAGAAGUUCUAAAAGGGUAUGCCAUUGUUCCUAUGCACGGCAAGCACCCAGACAAGGUCCGCCGGAGAAACUUCAACAAGUUUGUUGACAGUGUAGCACCGACUAUCCUCCUGACCACUGAUGUUGCAGCUCGAGGUCUCGACAUACCGUCAGUUGACCUAGUCUUGCAGCUCGAUGCGCCAAGUGAUCCAAAGACCUUUAUCCAUCGUUGUGGUCGAGCAGGCCGAGCGGGCCGUAAAGGACUUGCCGUCACCUUUCUGAACCCAGGCCGCGAAGAAGACUAUGUGGAAUUCCUCCGCGUCCGACAAACACCCAUAUCGCCCUUGACCACUCCAAAAAUCGACGUCUCCAAGGAAGAAGCAGAAGCGGCAAGUAACAAAAUAAGAAAGGUAGUCAAGUCUGACCGGGCGCUGUUCGACAAGGCGCAGCGAGGCUUCGUGUCAUGGGUCCGCGCAUACAGCAAGCACACAGCCAGCUCCAUAUUCCGCAUUCCAGAUCUCGACUGGACAGAACAAGGCAAUGCAUGGGGUCUUCUCAAGCUACCCAGCAUGCCCGAACUCAAAAAAUGGGACGGCGAUCGAAGUCUAGGCGUCGCUCUGGACUUGAGCACCUACGCAUACAAAGACAAGGCGCGCGAGCAGCAGCGCCAGGUCGAGCAGGCCGAGUAUGAAUCCAACAAGGCCGAGGGCAAGAAACGCUAUGUACCAGAGGAUAAGAAGGCUUCGGCUUGGACUCAGCAGAAAGACAUGAAGGCCUUGAAGGAGCUGCGGAGAGAGAAAAAGGUGGCAAGGCGCGAGCACGAGCGUGUGGCGGCCAUGACUGAAGACGAGCGCAAGGAAGAAGAGCGGUUAAAGGCCAUGAUUGCGCAGGUGCGGAAGACAGUGGCUGAGAAAGAAGCACAGGACGAAGAGGAUGAGUUUGAGGGAUUUAGCGAUUGA